UGAGCCCCCCACCCCACCCCUGAGGUGCAGCACGUGCUCUGAGAUCUGCAGCGUUCACCCUCAGCACAGGCAGCUUUGCUUUUGGACGGGACAUAGUUACCAGUUUAUUACUUAAAUUCGAUGAUGUUUGCUUGUCAGCGUGACGGACUAACCUGUUGAAACAUGUGUUUGAGUGUCCCACCGUCUCCCAGUCUUUCCUGUGCUCAUUACCGUUGCCUGGAUGCCUGUGGAUGUGUGUGUCUCGCUAUGUGUUGUUGUCUGCAUCUCAAUCUGUGUGUGUGUGCUGCUGUCCGUGCUCCCCGGCUUGUGUGCGCCGGUGCCUGAUAGCCCCUGUCCUGUAUUUGUGCAGCACAAGCUGAAGUCUUCGCAGAGGGACAAGGUUCGGCAGUUUAUGUCCUUUACACAGGCGGGGGAGAAGACAGCUGUGUACUGCCUCACACAGAAUGACUGGAAACUAGAAGUGGCCACUGACAACUACUUCCAGAACCCAGAUCUCUACUGCAAGGAAUCCAUGAAAACUUCGGUAGACCGGAAAAAGUUGGAGCAGCUGUACAAUCGAUACAAAGAUCCCCAGGAUGAGAAUAAGAUCGGCAUCGAUGGAAUCCAGCAGUUUUGUGAUGACCUUUCGCUGGACCCGGCCAGUAUCACUGUCUUGGUUGUUGCCUGGAAGUUUCGCGCCGCCACUCAGUGCGAGUUCAGCAAGAAGGAGUUUCUGGAUGGAAUGACAGAGCUGGGAUGUGACAGCCCAGAGAAACUGAAGGCUCUUUUGCCAAGAUUAGAACAGGAGCUCAAAGAUAGCAGCAAGUUCAAGGACUUCUACCAGUUCACCUUUAACUUUGCUAAAAAUCCUGGACAGAAGGGUCUAGAUUUAGAGAUGGCGGUGGCCUACUGGAACCUGGUUCUGACGGGUCGAUUUAAGUUCCUGGAUCUCUGGAAUAGAUUCCUAUUGGAACACCAUAAACGAUCAAUUCCUAAAGACACAUGGAACCUUUUGUUGGAUUUUGGUAAUAUGAUUGCAGACGAUAUGUCAAACUACGAUGAGGAAGGUGCAUGGCCAGUGCUCAUAGAUGAUUUUGUGGAAUUUGCUCGACCAAUUGUGACAGGAUCAAAACGUAAAACUCUCUAAAUCAAAGCCUAACUCUGGAGAGCCAGAACUUUGUUUCCUUUACAGUGACUUCAUAGUUUUUUUUUUAAAGACUUGUACAGAAAAGUGAAAAUUGCAGACUUCAGAGGAAACAACAACAACAACAGAAGCACUUGAAACUAUCAGGAAACCACCUAUCAGGGAGCUGAGUAAAAGACUGAGGCGUCACAUGGACUUUGCCAGAUUUGCCUCCAUCAGUCCUGUUGGAAACUCAGUAUCCUGGACACCCUUCUCAUGUGCUGCAGGAGGAGCACUACCUGUCAGUCACAGCCACAGCCUUUCAAGUGGGGAUGGACAGAGCACAGAGAGGAGGGUGCUGGCUUUCUGUGCUCGAAAGGGAAAGGAGAGGAGAAAUCUGUGUGUUUCACAGUCGAUUCUUCUAGUCAGCCUUGUUUUGGUAUAUGGAGCUCCAGAGGACUGUGGAAAGAUCCCGUGUCUUACUCUGACUAUGGGACAGAGUGCUUACUACACCAGCACCAACAGAACUGUUGCAGUUGUUACUGUACAUACUGUAUCUACUGAGACAGUUUACAAAGAGAACUAUAUGAAGAAUAAUAUAAAUAUGUUAUGUUUAUAAAUGCAAAAGAUGAUUCUUUUCUGUACAGUAAGUGUUAAAAUCUCCUACAGGAUGCCUCAGUAUCAUUUGAAUGAUAUGCUGUAAGUGUAGAUGUCAGGUGGAUAUAUGAA